CGCCCGGCGGCCCAUGUUGAGUGUGGCAGGAAAACCUCGCCCCCAGCUCCGGGCUGCCGAAUAAUUUGAUUUUGCUCCUCGACUACUACUGCCCUCCUGUGGUCAAACAACAGUUUUGAAAUCUAACCCGAUUCACCUUCUCAUGCUGGGAUGGGGCUGGCUCCUUGGAAUGAUUCACUGGUUGUUUGAAAUGGAAACAGGAUUUUCACAGCAGGCUCUACAGAGACUCAACAAAAGGCACCUUUGUUACUUCUGAGGGUCUCGGGGUCAGCUGCCCCAUUGCAGCUCCAGUAGGAGAGCAUUGCUUUUAAACAACUCGCGCCUGCUGUGUCGUGUCUGGAGCCGGAGCUGAGCGGAGCCGCCGGGAGAGCUCGUGUGGCAGGAUCCGCAGCUGCAGGCUGGGGGUGCCAGCUGCCCAGCUCUCCAGGCCUCCCCAGUGUCAGCAGAGUGUGUAGAGCCCAGCCCUGUGCAGGUGGCUCAGCCCAGGCACCAUGUCCCUCCGUGAGCAUGCACUGUACCUCUUCCGCAGCGCAGGUGGGCACCGCCGGCCGGCUCCGAUGCUGAAGAGGGCUGUGAAGCUCCAGGGAGACAGGUGCCCUCAGCUGCUGGUGAAGGGUCAGGCCUUUCCAGUGAAGAGGGACCUGUAUCUGGUGGGUUUUGGCAAAGCUGUGCUGGGAAUGGCUGCGGCAGCAGAAGAGAUCCUGGGAGACCACUUGGUUCGGGGGAUCAUCAAUGUUCCACUUGGCAUCCAGGAGAAUCUGCAGCGAGCAGGAAUGCACAUGCUCCUGAGGCCCCACAGCAAAAAUCCAGGUCAUCGAAGGUGCCAAGACACAACCUCCCCAGACCCAGAGGCUCUGAAGGGAGCGGUUGCCCAUCCAGGAGCUGGCUGAAAAGGCCUGACUGCAGAUGACCUGCUCCUCGUACUCCUCAGCCCUCCAGGGAGUCUCCUGCUGCCUGCUCCCAUCCCUCCCAUUCUCCUCCAAGAGAAGGAGAAGCUCACAAGAUGCUGGCUUCCCAAGGAGUCUGCCAUACAGGAGCUGAACACUGUCAGGAAGACUCUGUCCUUGCUGAAGGGUGGAGGGCUAGCCCGGCUCCGCAUUCCUGCACAGGUUGUGAGCCUCAUCCUUUCUGAUGUGAUUGGUGACCCCCUGGACAUCAUAGCGAGUGGACCCACAGCUCCCAGCUCCCACAGUGUCCAAGACUGUCUUCAAAUACUUGCAAAAUACCUGCUCCACAACCUGCCCAAGUCAGUGGAAACAGUCCUCUGCUCUCCCAGCAAGCCCGCUGCUCCAGAACACUACUCCCACGUUUGCAACAUCAUCAUCGGGUCGAACAUGUUGGCUUUGGAUGAAGCCAAACACCAAGCUGAGAGCCUGGGCUACACAGCCCUGAUCCUGAGCGCAGCCGUCUGCGGGGGAUCUGAUCCAGCUGCUCUGCCGGCUUUGCUGGCCAGGAGAAGGCCCCUGGGUGAGGAGGUGAGGGCAAAUCUCCUGCAGCUGGAAGCAGAGCUAGAGAUCCCAGGUUUGAAGCUUGCUGAGUUCUAACAGACUCUGGGAGGAUUAGGGCUUGAAAGACCAAUCUGCAUCCUGGCCGGUGGUGAAACCACGGUUCAGCUUCAAGGACUUGGCAAGGGAGGGAACCAGGAGCUGGCCCUGCGUGUGGGGCUGGGCUGCACAGGGCACAGGCCACAGAGGUCAGGGGCACCUGGGAGGUGUGAGAUCAUCUUCCUCAGCGCGGGUACAGACGGACAGGAAUGGGCCAACAGAGGCAGCAGGGGCACUCUGCAGCCCCAGAGCUGGUGAAAUGAGGCACUGCAGGAGGGCCUGGAUGUGGAGGCCUUUCUCAGCAACAAUGACUCCUAUACAUUCUUCAGCCAGUUCCGAGGUGGUCAUCACCUCCUGGUGACAGGCUUGACGGGCACCAAUGUGAUGGACAUCCAGGUCAUUUUAGUUAGAGCCACGGAGAGAUCAUGAGAACUCCCUCUGCAGAUAUCCAGAUGCAUUUAAUUAGGAUGGAGGUAAAUGAAGGCAUCAACAUUUGCAGACAAAAGUAAACUACUUAAAUUAAGGCUGGCUGUCGAGAGUGCUAAUGUCUCUGACAGAAAGACUCCACUAAUUAGACACAUGAGUGGAUGUCCACAGCAAAAGCAAACACUUGUAAUUGGGAUCAGAGGAAGGUAAGAGGUCACAUUACGGACACGGAAGCCGGAUUUAACACUUCUGCUGAAGCUGCCACCCCUGUGACUGCUUCAACUGUAGUUAAAAGAUGGGGGGAAAGCAAGGCCGUGGUACAGCUGCCAGGAAGAGCCCUCACUGGGCUGUUGCCCCUCCAGUGCCCCCAGCUCAAGAGCAGCUCAUCAGGGGGCUUCUGCAGGUUCACAGAAGUGCAUCACCAGUGACUGAAGGAUGUGAAAAGCAAUAGCCAGGGCUGCCCAGCUGGAGCCAUGGAGGUGCUGGGGUGAUGUGGUGGGAAUGAGACACCCAGCACCACCAUCCACAGCACGCACAGUGCCCUGUGGCGUCUCCCACACCAGGGUUCCUGAGGUGAUUCAAAGACCUAAGCCAGCGCGCACACACAUCCAGCAGUGCAGCUAAGCCAGUGUGCUCCUAGAGCAGAUUUUUGUCUCAGACACAAGACACAAAAGCAGUGCACAGUGCCACAGAAGGUCCUUCCUUCCACCAGGGACAUCUUCCUGCUGAUCCCUGUCAGGAAAGCCUCCAUGCCUGCAGCCUGUAUGAUACAAGCUUUCAUGGUGUUGUUUUCC